GAGAGAGGUCCCGUCUCUGUCAGUAUCCCGCUUGUACUUGGCUUGUUGUCAUUUGAGAGGCAUGUUAAUGAUUUGUUUCAAGCUAAGUAUAUUGGCAGGUUCUGACUGCCGAUAUGGCUUCCUCUGCGAGACUGCCAUUGGCGGCGCAGGAGGUCCCUUAGUAUGUGCAAUGGGAACCAUAUCAAGUGAUGUGUCACGAGCAUCUACAAACAGCUGGCGCUUCCACUUCCACAACAAGGUUGACCUUUGUGCUCUGCGUCUGCAGGCUCGGGUAUCGUUGUUUAUACUUGCAUUCUCCGCGGGUCGCUCAGUGACAGCCUCCCGAGGUCAGCUGACGAACCGCGGCCAAAUCAGAGAGUUACCCGCAAUGAGCAAUAUCCAGAUGUUGAUGGUCAUUGCUGAGCCUCCAAAUGGUGGUACGAUGACUCGACAUGACCUGGUGGAAUGCUCAAUCGAGACCGCGAAAAGUGCCUCAUGCACGAGUGCCACAUUGGCCUCGGGCGAGGAAUUUUCCGCGGCGAUAGACUCGGUUGGCAGUGGUCGGUCUGGCUUGGAAGUUCAAGCAUUGCACGCUUCGACGUACAGCCCAACCUCCACGUCGAACGAGGACAACGACAAGCCUGUCAGGACCGCUCGACAGAUCAUUCUGUCGACUGAGAUCCAUACAUCAUGACAGCGCUCCUUCCGCCCAAUCUCCUCCGACUGUUCGCUCCUCGGCCACCACCUCCUUACCUCAAACCAUUGACCAGGAGCGACUCUGCUCGUAGAAAGAAGCCGCUCACGGGCUGUGCAACACUCGUCAAAAAGUUGAGAGAUGAAGCCGAGGAGGCAGAAUACCAAGAAGGAUUUAAAGAUCGUCCGGAGACCAAAUCAGAAAGGACGGCGUUGAAUUCGGAAGAGGAAAGCUCGAGGAAACGGAGGAGAAAUGACAAAACGGAGCCCGACGCUGAUGGAAUGGAAGUCGAUGGAGCAGAGAACGGUGUGCAUGGCGCUGAGGAAAUGGACGGCAAAGGCAAAGGCAAGGCCAAGGGGAAAGUACAGC